AUGUUUGAUGCAAGAAGUCGUUUUAUAUUUAUUCUUCACACUUUAACUUUUGAUCUUCUACUCGUGGUCGUGCAAUGUCUGAAGAUCCUGAAGAUUUUUGCAGAGCGACUCGUGUGCAGCAGAGCCGCGUGCCUGUGCAGAGCUGAAAAAGAAACAGAAAGAGAAAGGUCCUGCUCUUGGCGUAUGAAUCAUAUACCACGAUGCAGAAAAUGGCGCAAGCUACUACUUUUAAAAAUCGAUAUAUACAAUCUACCCCAGCAUCUUCUUAUGUAUGAUCUAGUCGGUUCAAAAAUGUUGAGGAUGAUAUAUGAUUUACAUUUACCAACGGAACUACUUAAGCUCGACAUGGAUUUUUUUAAGUCUGAGAAUAAAGUUGUAUGUUCCUCUGCCAGAGUCGAUUUCGCACUGUUUUCACGGCGCCUGAAACUGAUCUGGCAGGGAGGCCAUUUAUUGUUUUCUUUUUCAUCUGCAUCCGCAAUUUUUUUGGUCAUAGAAGUAUAUUUUUUACUUGUUAGCGACGGUUUUUUAUUUAGCGUAUAUUUUUUUUUGAAGUAG